UUAAUAACAUUCGCAGCGACAACCACAGUACCCAUUAUAACAACACCAGCUUGGGGCAAGGUUAAGAAGAAGCAUAUACGCAACCAUGGAUACUGGCAACUUGUACUCACCUGGGGUCCUGCCAGGGUUGUCGUCGACGCCUUGGAGAACACCGAUAGAAUCGAGGUUUACAGUGCAUAGUUUAUGGUCAUUUGACAUGGGGUCAGUUAUCCUUUGUCCAGAUUAAAAAAAUCCAGCAAAUGUAGUGUUCAUCAUGAAAUUGGUUGAAUGGUUGCGCUAAGUUAGAGAAUGAAUGUGCGGAUAUCCACCUGGGUGACGACGAAAUCUUUUGGGUCUAUGAGUGGAAGAAGCAUGGUAUGAUGCUAGAUCUCAGUUUCAGUAUUUUUUCAAAACUCUGAAUUAUAAAUCGUAUAUAGAUAUCAUCACUGGAGGCGGUUUGGAAUAUUUCUUGGGUUAUGAUAAAACAGAGUCCAUCAUAAGUUUAUGUCAGAAGAUUAAAAAUCAAAUCUUGUUAACGGAACCACAAGGGACUAAUUGAAGUACGGUUUUGUUUUGAUGUCUCGGACAAAAUUAUUGAUUGUGGCAAGACCCUUACCGAUUGUAAGCACGCCAACUGUUACUAUACUAGCUCAAGUACGGUUUUUUUUUUUUAGCUUCCGUAUAUGGGUAGCUUUGGAAGUUAGAGCCAUUGCCCGAUGAAAGAAAGGGAAAUUUGCGAAGGGAAAUGAAGUGGCGGCUUUCCCCAACGAACUAUAUGGCCGAGUUGGUUCCCUCAAAACAAGGUGGCGUUAAUGGUCGAACAUUAGAGAUAAUGACGCCACAAGCUCGAGGGGACAUCCAUAUAAAUCUUCCGGCCUUGUGCAAGUUGGAUUCCAUGCUUAUUGUAGGAUUCACUAGACUCAAUGGUGGAUACUGAGUUUUGGUACGCUAAGGUUGGCAGUGAAGCAGAAGGUAGAAGCAGAAAUGACAACUGGAAGAAGAUGAGGUGGUGGCUUCCUUGACUGCGGGUGUCGGCAGUCGGCCUCUCGAACAUUGACAGGAAGAGAUUGUUGCAUAAGGGAAAAUUGGUAUAUCAAGUGUUCAAAGCUGCAAAGUCGAUAAAUGAAAAUAUCUUGGCUGAGAUGCCGAUUCCUGCUGCCGUCAAGGAUUCACUCCCAAAGUCUGCAAAGGCGAGCCUUGGAGAAGAACUGAAAAACUCAACAAAAUACUAAAUGCCGAAUCUCUGCCCCCUGAGGAAAUGGUCAAUUGCAUGAACUUAAAAUCCGAGCAUGGUGCAAGCGAAGCCAUCAACAGACUGGAAGCAGCAAUAUUGGCCUGGAAGGAGAAAAUUGCCGGUCAAGUCAACAACAAGUCAACUGUUCAGCCAUCAUGGCCUUUUGCAAAGGAUUCACUUUCCGAGCUCGAUAGAUUCGAGUGGUUAGUGAACCGGGCUGAGUUGCUCGUGCAUCAGCUCAAGAUUAAGUAUCCGAAUCUGCCUCAGACUUUUUUUGAUGUGACAAAAAUACGAUACGGCAAGGAUCUGGGACACUCGAUUCUAGGAGCCUACUCGCGUGUCGUGUUCAAUUUAGCAUUCAGGAUUCUGUCCCGAAUAGGGGAUAUUUUGCAAGAAGAUGUGAUGAGCAAUCCAAAUUCACCUGCUGCCAUGUCAGCUCUCAUCGGAGCUAAAAUCUCGGGAAUCUCAGAUAGCCCUAUGCUCGAUCGCUUGUUCAUCAACUCAACUGUGCCGAUGGCAAAAAACGGGUAAUUUUUUCACGAAAUUGAUGGAGUCAAAUGUGGAGUAUUGGGACAGAGGCUUUAUUAUCUGCUGAAAAUUCCUCUUGACUAAGACUAAUGAUGAUUGCCUUUUGUUCAAUGUGUGUAUACUGUAUCAUCUGAAUGUGAUUGUGUCCUGCUCACAAAGGAUAAUUAUGACUUAAGAAUGUCAGCCAAACCUUUUUGAACGAAAAUGUGAUAUUUCGUAUGUAACUAAUAUAUUGAGCUCAGAAUUUCAUUCGAUGCUAUUUUUAUUGUAUGCAUCUCACUUAUAAUGACCAACUUGGCUUGAGGUA